GUAGUAUUCUUAGUAUCCAUAUACAGUGAUAUACUACUAUACCUAGUAGGUAUACAACAUCAUGUACGUAGUAUAGGCUGUAUAGCCCUUCCCAGGUCAGGGGUUCAGCCCAGUUUGAAGCCCACAGCCUUAUUCGGCACAAGCGCCAGCUUAUCACACAACCCUUUGCAGGCUUUUCAAAUUUCAACCUCGUCAGGUCCUGAGAUGUACGAUGUACUAGGUUAGGAUGUACUGACUCCUGGGAUCUCCUUGUCUUAUUUCCAAUUGUUUCCUGCGAAUCACCGUCUUGGAGCUAUGACGUUCUACUGGGAUCAUUCACUCGGAGCAUUGUCUUUGACAACUCCUCUUGACAAAACUGUCCAUGAAAGAGAUCGGCAUGUUAGUGUGAGAUGAUGAUCGUCAAUUGUUUUCUGCGCCAUAAAGAAACAUUAUCACAGAUGCAAUGUACUAAGACUAUGUACUCGUCUUCUCCUUUCGAAUACUUUAAUAAGAGACCUUCUUCGCUUUGAUCUCCUUUACGAUGGAGAGGAUCACCACACACCUCCGCACUCUCUCAUACUAACUAAUACUUUGAGAGCCCGAGAUCGAUCGUCCAUCUGCCCUCGGACCCUCACAUCGGACCCUCAGAUUUGGGCCCGUACGCCUGUUAUAAUACAGUAAUACUAAUCUUAUACACUAAGGGCCGCAACGACUGAUCGUUAUCAUGCGCUUCACCCUCACCUCUCAUGCCCUCGUCGGCGCUGUUGCUGUGUCAGCCUUAACCGUUCCGCGAUCAGUUGAGAAACGGUUAACUCACAUCGACCUCGCCCAGUUUGGGAGUUUCCCAACCAUCUCCCCUGAGCAAGCUCACUCCGAAGCCGAGGCCCUCACUGCGAUUCUUGGCGAUGGGCCCCAGUUUUCCGGCCACAAGAGCAACACCAACACCAACACCAACAACAAAUCACCGGUAGCGGCGGUAGACGAUACCACCACAGAGUCAGAAGCUGCGGCUGCCGGUACCUGUGACCGAAACAACCCAGCUGUCCGGUUCGAAUGGCGGAAUUACUCAGCCGAUGACAAGAAGGCCUUCGUCAACGGCAUCAAGUGUCUGAUGGACAAAGACUCCUCUGGCUCAUUUCCCGGCGCGAAAAACCGAUACGAGGACCUGGUAUCGGUGCACCAGCAACUGACGCCUACCAUCCACCAGCGCGCUACCUUUCUAGUAUGGCACCGUUACUACGUCCAUGUAUUCGAGUCCUUGAUGCGCGAGGAGUGCGGCUUCAACAGGGCCUUCCCAUGGUGGGACGAGACGCUGGACGCUGGCAAGUUCGCGCAGUCCGAUCUUUUCACUGAUGAGCAUUUCGGCCCUCUGCCCGGCAAGACAUCUGAUGGCCAGGGUACCUGCAUUGACACAGGUACUUUUGGGGGAUUGACCCUUCACGUCGGUCCGGGCUCAGGGUUCACAGACCACUGCCUUGCGCGCGCGGUCGAUGAGAGCCUAACAGCUACCGUCAGUGCCCAGUUCGUGCAGGACUGCAACUCGCGCACUUCGUACGAUGACAUGCGCGGUUGCCAGGAGCUAGGACCCCACGCAUACGGCCACAACGGCGUCGGCGCCGUCAUGGCCGAAGUGCAGGCCUCGCCCGGCGACCCCGUCUUCUUCAUGCACCACCUGUUCGUCGACCACUCCUUCCGCAUCUGGCAGAACGGCGACGCCUCGCGCACCACCACCAUCAACGGCUGCGCCGACGGCAACAACCCCUGCACCGCCAUCACCAUGGACACCGUCCUGCACUCCAACGGCCUGCGCCCCAACACGACUGUUGGCGCGGUCAUGGACACCCUGGGUGAUUACCUGUGCUACCGCUAUGACUAUUAGUCUAGUCAGGUACCAGGUAGUCACUUUGUGACAGCGACGGGUGUCGAUACCCGACUUACCCACCUACCGACCUAUUCACCCUUCUCACAUACACGACCACCAUUUUGUUCCUUUUAUUUAGUAGAUGUUUCAUCACGACUAUAUUCUUCGCAUUCAUUGUAUAUUUAUAAUAUUUUUUUCCGACCAUUGCAAAUAGGCGUUUGCGGGGCGGGAAGUGGUCCACGUAAUGGACGGAUUUUAUGUCAAAAGAGGGCGAUGAGCGCAUACCGUUUGAGCGAUGCGAGAUGAAGAUAGAGAGAGAGAGAGAGAGAGAGAGGAAGAGGAGUACUGUUCAAUUAUACCCAGAGGAUAUGGCAAAAAUUAUAUAUUUAUAUAUACUGUAUAAAAUGUGUAGCAUUGGAGCUAGGGAUCAGGAAUAAAAGUUCUGAGUUCUCAUGAA